GAGAGCACGAGAGCAGGAGGGGGAUUUCCAGCUCUGGCCCCCACUUCCCGAAGCGGCCGUUGUUUUGCUUUCGGUCUGAAUGCAGAAACAGAAAUAAACGACGACCACACUUUCCCUUUUCCACUUAAAACCUCGAACACGUUAACCUGUCCGGCUUUGGCUGCUCUUCUUAUUCCGACAGCGGGACUGUGGAGCCCGAGGCCGUCCAAACCUAACAGACCGCAAUGCCAGUAGAACGAAUGAGGAUGAGACCCUGGUUACAGGAACAAAUCGAAUCCUGUCAGAUUCCAGGGCUGAUAUGGCUUAACAAAGAGAAGAGGAUCUUCCAGAUUCCUUGGAUGCACGCUGCCCGUCAUGGCUGGGACCUGGAGAAAGAUGCUCCGCUCUUCAUGAGAUGGGCCAUACACACGGGUAAAUACCAGCCAGGUGUAGACCGUCCUGAUCCAAAGACAUGGAAGGCUAAUUUUCGCUGUGCCAUGAACAGCCUGCCAGACAUCGAGGAGGUAAAGGACAAAAGCAUCAAAAAGGGAACCAAUGCCUUCAGAGUUUAUAAGAUGCUCUCCUCCUCAGAGAGAAAUGCCAAGAAAGGAAAGAAGAAGGCAGACAAGGAGAGGAAGUCCAAAGGAAAUAAAGAGAAGGUCACCUCUCCAUCUCCAGACAACAGUCUUCUUGAAGCUGAUGCCGGACCUGUUGACUACACCAAACAUGAAACAAUCAAGAUGGAGUCAGUGGAGCUGACAGUGACAGACAGUGUGUCAGUGAUCCACAGUCAAGCUGAAGACCAUGUGAUCACCAGUGAGCAGCUGCCAUUUGUCUGUCAAACAAUCGAGGUGACCACUGAGAAUGAGGAGCAGACUGUUAGCUCCUCCCACCCGUACCCGCUGCAGAUCUCUCCUGUGUCUAUGUGCGGCGGCAGCGACACAGAAAGUGAUACAGAAAACAUCAAAGAGGGUAUCGGUGCUGCCUGGAGGCGGGACUACAGCACAUCAGUUCUCAGGAUUCCCCCGUGUUCUCUUCCUGGCAUGGCAACGUUCGUCAGUACAACCAAGCCCAACUUCAAGGUGACGAGCACACGAGACCCUUCCCCGCUCAUCAGCUACCACACCGAUGGCUGGACGCCGACCUACAACCAGAACUCUCUCGUGUCCACGCCAGGCACUCACACACAUGAAGUGCGCGCAAGUGUCAUUAUGAAAACCUCUGACAUCACUUCCUCUUGACCUAACACGUGGGAGUAGCAUCACUGCAUCCAGUCCAUAUGAAAGACAGAAGAUGUUUGUUUUCUCCGUCAGAGCCAUGUGGGGCCUAAAAAGGGACAAACCUCCAAAAAUUAGAUUUUUCCUAAUAUCUGUCUGGGCCAACAUUUUCUCUGUUUUCUUUCCUUUCAUUUGAGGAAAUCAUUGACUUGUGCACAAAGUGAUGAGCACUUAAGGUCACUUUCUACUUCCUGCAUGUCUUCCUGAUGUAAAACUUAAGUUCAAUGUGUGGAGGACUUGCAGACCUAUGUGCAGUAUCAAAUUUAGGAGCAAGUGCACCGUAGCAUACCACUGCAAAACACCAUGUGCUCAGCCAUGGACACUGUGUGUCGCUGGUUGAUUGUUUUCCCCGCUGCUUUGUGGUAACACUUGAGUAAACGCCAGUGAAGGAAUUUCACUACUUUUACCUUUGAAAGCAAAAUUAGCUUUUACUUCUCAGAAGUUCUUCAAGAUUUUAUUGUGUAUAUGAAUAGGUUUGUUCUUUGUUUAAAGUCCGUUAACUCCAAGGGAGUGGAGCUGGUGUUUGAGGGCAGGAUGCCUGCCAAGCACGAAGCAAAAAGCAAAAAUGGUAAAUAAAAAAAUAAACAUUUAAAAAGCUAAAAUAUGUAGCCAAAUGGGCGCCAUGCCCAAGUAAAGUCUUUAUGUUUGCAUCAUCUUAUUCAUCCGCUGUGUUGUGAUUUUAAGAUGUGCACAGUUUCCAGUCAGCAGUCAUUAUCAUGUCCUUAUCUUAGACAGUGUGAGCUCAAGUGUUGCCAUGAAAGGCUCUGCUGGGGACACAUGGUUAGACCGCUUGUGUUCAUAAGCAGUGACUCGAAAAUUCUUCUGUUUUGGCGAAGCAGGCGUAAAUCACCGGCCUGUUUUUAUCUGUGUAGAGGACGACAAUCACCGUGAGGCCCUGCAGGUGUGUGUCUGUCUGUCUGUCUGUCGACCUCAGGACAAAGUACUCAACAACACACACACACCUCCCUACUGGUAUUAAUAAUGUAAAUAGCUGAUUCUUGUGUAUGCCUGCACGCUGCUUCAGCACCUUACAGACAGCACUGUUGUGUACAUGUGUGUUGGGGUGUGUGAGUGUGUGUGAGAGAGAGUGGGGUGUGGGGGUGGGAUAGCUGUUAUUGAUUGCGUGUGCCUUUUGAUAGCAUAGCUGGAUUCAAACUAUGUGUCCUUUAGCCUGCUGCUGACACACGCAGGGAGGCAGGUAGCACUGCCACAGGAAGCAUGGAGGGAUGAGGAAGUGGUCGGCACUGCAAAGGUUUGAAUUCCUUGUGUUGGAGGAGUUUCUUAAAGCAGACCUGUUAAGUACAAAUCAUAGGAAGAGCGUAAACUGAGGGGCUGCACCAAGAGAAAAGAUUAUUUUAAUCUAUGAAUUAAACUAUGAAUCAUGCCAAGUUACUCAUAGAGUACAAGGAUAAAAAGAUGGAGCUGAACAUGAGCCUAUUAAGCUGAGUGAAUGACCUCCUCAGCAUUCCAGUGCACAGCUCCGUCCUGUUUUCCUGUGAUGCCCAACACUAGCCUGACUGCGUUAACAGUAGUCUGCACAUCGUACUCCCCACAACCUGUAACACAAUGACUCCGAGCUGCUGGAAUGCAAAAAGCCGACAGAAGGAUGAACUGCAAUCCCAGCUGUUUAUAUCAAGUCCCGUGGAGAAUCACCAGCCCCUGACUCGCAGGCUGCGGGGAGUAUGUUUUCAGUGUGCAAGAUGUGUUGGCAGCUAGCAGGCUAAAGCACAGCUCAGCAGAGCUCAAGUAGGAAAACAGUAGGGAAAGUAGGAGACUUGUUAUGCUUUUUAUUUUCUAAACCAAACUCCUGGAGAAUUUUAACACUGGACGCACGUUAACGAUCGUGGUGAAUUUAUUUAUGGUUCUCGCUGAAUCACAGAGCUCUGGCCUUCCUCGAUAGCAAAUCUUUGAUGUGCCUUUAUUGCCAGAGCGCCACAAACUCACAAUGACAGUCUUCAGUUCAAGGGUGACAUUUAAAGCCUUUUAUUACUACUUAUCACUCUCUUUUUUUCCUACAGCCAUAACAAACAUAUCUUUUUAUUUUGAACCUUGUGGGCUUUUAAAAUUGUAAUUUUCAGCCAUUUGGUCGCACCCUUCAAAGGCAGAAUAAAGAUGCAUAGCAGUCGCGAUGAAUUGUUUGAGACAUGUGAAUGUGCCAUAUUAACUGGACUGCUGUUUUUAUAAUGAUCUUUCCAUUCUCUAGCUCCAGUUUGUCUUCUGGUCUGACAUCACUUCCCUUUUUUGUAUUGCCUUAACAAAAACAAAACAACAACCUGACCAGGUUUAAGUACCCAAAGUGCACUUUUCUGUCGUGUUUAUUUCUGCUCUCGCAAUGUCGUUACGACCAAAAAGUCAGCAGUGAGUGUUGAUGGCAUGGUAUUGUGCGUUUUGCUCAUCUUUUCGUUUGUUUAUUUUUAUGCUUUCAUGUGAUUCAGAGCCACUGAUAACUCAAAGCAGAGGUGUGUCUUAUUCUUUUGCACUUAGCUUAUUACCAUAAAGGGCAACCGUGAGUUCAAACGAGAGAAAGAAAGGAAAAAAAAAAACCCAGAUCAUUGUUCUGCUUCUUGCAAUGCAGCAAAGAAGCUUUCACCACAACCUGUCACCACUGUUUCUUGUCUGUACAUUAUGACUUCAUGUGAAUCACCAUGUAAAUCUGAAUAAAGACUUUUUUUGUAUUUA